AUGGAUAGAAGGUCUGCUAGAAUAAAAGCAGAGUUAGAAAGAUAUGGCUGGAGAGUUUCAAAGAAGUUUAAAUAUAGGAAGGGAAGACCCAUAAAAGUCUAUGACAAACUGGCUGGUCUGACCUAUGAAAUGGACUUGGAAACAGCACGCACAAAUUAUCCAAACAGACUAGAGAGGUUAGAAGAAGAGCGUCUUAUGAACAUGCCUUUCGAUGUUACUGAGCCACAGGUUGAAGGACACGACGGCUUUGCCAGAUUCUACUGGAAACAUGACGAACAAUUGCAUCCUUUGAGAAGGAAAAAAGGAAAAGGUGAAGACGCACAUGCUCCCAUGGAAAGAACAAGAUAUGCAUAUGAAAAGUACCGUGAAGUUAGAAGUAAAAUUACUUCUGGUCGAACCUUUACAGUAAACUUUGACGAAGGAAAGAACAAAGAAGGCUUCAUGGGUGUACUUGCUGCCAUACAAGACGGAAAUAAGAAAGGAUACAAUCUCAGACUAACCGUAACAGAUUUGGAUGGUCAUAUUUACUAUGCACAUGGCAAUGUCACAACAGCCGCACAACUUCUUGACGCUUUCAAGACUACAAAGAGAGAACAAAUGGUUGACUCCGACUCAGAUAUUUUGAAUGCAAUUGAAGGAAUUGCAAGCGUGAAGUUCGAAUGGUACCAACCUAACCCUCAAGCAGUCAGACAACAUGCUGGAUACUUCCCGUUCAGAAAUAAGUCUGACAUUGACUUAACAAG